CCUCCGUCACCUAAUAACAACUAUCGACCACUCAACGUAGUUGAUGCCUUAGCCUACCUUGACCAAGUGAAAGGUCGUUUUUCUGACAAACCUAAUGUAUAUAAUCAAUUCUUAGAUAUUAUGAAAGACUUUAAGAGCCAAGCUAUUGAUACCCCUGGUGUUAUCGAGCGUGUAUCCAACUUGUUCAGAGGGCAUCCUACAUUGAUUUCUGGCUUUAAUACAUUUCUACCUGUGGGU